AUGCCUAUCUCCUACGACAAGUGGGAUAGGCUCGAGGUAUCAGACGACUCUGAUGUCGAAGUGCACCCCAAUGUCGACACAAAGAGCUUCAUCCGAGCCAAGCAGCGCCAGAUCCACGAGCAGCGAGCACAGCGGAAGCAUGAGAUUGAAACCCUCAAAUACGAACGGAUCGUCAACGACGGCCUGCUUGAACGUAUCAAUGCCUUACUAGACGCUCUGAAGAGACAUCAAGAAGAUGCAAACAAGAAGAACCCAGACGAACUAGUGUUUCAAAGUCUGAUCGAGAGUGCUGGUGAUCCUGCCAAAGAUGAACCGCCAAAACCGCCGGAGGGUGUUUAUACACACCAGAAGGAGCAGCCAAGGUAUUCUAAGAUGAUGGGCGCCUUGGUUGAUCAGGUCAAAAACGAGAUCGAUGAAAACAAGGCCACAUCCACAGAUAGAUAUGGAGACUUUCUGCAAGGGGUAAAUGGUCAUCUUAGCAAGGUUCAGAAGCUGCAGCAGGACCUGCUGAAGCGGCUGGCGCAGCUGGAGAAGGAGGUAACUGCCAAAAUCACAAGCGAGGACAUCCAUUUCGGCUUCGAUUCGUCUCACAUUAACAAGCCGAAGCCAAAGGCGACCCCUACUGAGAAGCCAAAAGCUAAGGAGAAAAUUAAGACUGAAAGUGUCGAGUUACUUAAUGCACCUAAAGGACUAAGCUCACAAACACGGGAGGCUCUCAAGUCUGGGGAAGGCGCUGUUUCUUCCGGUGCGGAGGCGGACAUUGAAGAUGAUGCUCUCUUAGACAAGCACGAAGACGAGGAAGAAGAUGAGGCCAGCAUCAAACUCACGCCAGAGGGCAAGCAGUUCGCAAAGAUCAAACUUGGAGACUAUCGGGCAUGCCUACAAUUCAUCUCAGAGCAUCCGGACAUCGUUAAUGAGAAGACUCAAGAUGCACUCAUGAUUGAAGCCUUCAACGCUCAAAUGAAAGGAGAGGAUGCUUAUGCGCGAACCUGCGUGCACCAGAGUCUCCUGAUCCAAUAUUGUCGCCAACUGGGUCGAGACGGGGUUGGAUUAUUCUUCAAGCGCAUCACCACAAAAGGCCAUCAAGCAAAUCAGGUGUUCAACAAGGAUUUGGCUGAGACAUACGGCCGCAUCAAGACUCGUGCGGCCGAAUUACAGAAGGAAGAAGCAAAUGAGCCAGCCGGCGUGGAGCAAAUCCAGCUCCAUGCUGUCGAGCCUGGAACAGAAAUCCACAUCAACGUGCCGCAAGCUGGCUCGGAUGAUCCCGUCGAACAGGAGGCACGGAAAAUCUUCGACCGUUUCCCGCCGGGUCUACAACGCGCGUUAGAGAGUGGCAGCCUAGACGAGGUCAACAAGGUGUUGGGAAAGAUGAGUGUAGAUGAAGCUGAGGAGAUUGUGGAGUUGCUGGGUCAAGGCGGCAUGCUCAGUCUACAGGAAGGAGUGAUUGACGCCACCAACGAAGAGGGUCAGAGGAGACUCAAGGAGAUUGAGGAGGAAGAGAAGCAGAGGAAAGCUGAAAUGGCAAAGAGUGUCGAGGCAAAAGGUCCCGGGUUAGGGGAACCUGGUGAGGCUGUCGACUCGUGA